UUUCCCUUUAUCAAUUGUUACAACUCCAACACUACACCCUCAUAAACAUGAUUCUGAAGAAACCAAAUUGCUUUCUGAAAAUCCAGGCUCUCGUGAUCAUCCUCUACCAUGUAUUUGCUGCUGCUGCUACUGGAAUUACCGCUUUCAGUCUUACCAAUGUGACAGACCACCAAGCGUUGCUGGCCUUCAAAGGUCAGAUAACCUCCGAUCCAUCUAAUGCUCUCAGCUCUUGGAACGAUUCAAUCCACUUCUGUGCUUGGACUGGAGUUACAUGCGGCAAGAAGCAUCAGCGUGUGACUGCUCUUCGACUCCCAUCCCUUCGGCUGGUGGGUCCUCUGUCUCCUCACGUCUGGAAUCUCACCUUCCUAAGAGUCCUUGACCUUGAAGGUAAUCACUUAAAUGGGGUACUGUCCCAGGAGAUCGGUCGGUUGUCGAGGCUAAAGGGUCUUCAUCUCACCAACAAUUCUUUCCAAGGAGAGCUGCCUAGAAACCUGAGUAAUUGUGCAGACCUCUUGGCCCUAUAUUUGGAUGGCAACAAUCUCACAGGGCGGAUCCCAGAUGAGCUUGGUUCUCUGUUGAAGCUCACCCAAGUAGAGCUCUCCUCGAAUGGCUUCACCGGUGAAAUCCCUUCUGCGCUGGGGAAUCUCUCUGCUCUAACCUAUCUUUCUCUAGGCAUAAAUCACAUCCAAGGAAGCAUACCGCAGCAACUCGGAUAUCUGUCCAACCUAACAGAUCUUCAAUUAGGAGCUAACAAUCUUACUGGUCAUAUUCCUACCUCUCUAUAUAAUAUCUCAUCCAUUGUCACCUUCUCAGUUAUUGAAAACAAUCUCAUAGGGUCCCUUCCAUCUGAUGUGUUCCUAGCUCUACCGGAACUACAAUUGUUGACUGUCGGUAGUAAUGGAUUUUCAGGACUGGUUCCAAGCUCAAUAACCAAUGCUUCUCGAGCUGUAGCAAUCGAUUUUGGUGUGAACGCCCUCAUAGGGCCGAUCCCAGCGGACUUGGGGGGCCUUGAGAAUUUGGAAUGGCUUAGUUUUGAGGUAAACAAUCUAGGAACUGAAGAAGGGGAUGAUUUCAGUUUCCUUACCUCCUUAACCAACUGCACCAAACUACAAGUGGUGUCUUCUAGUGAAAAUAGACUUAAGGGCACCCUGCCAGAUUCUCUUGCAAAUUUCUCCUCCAAUUUGACCACGCUUUUUCUCAGCUCAAACUUCAUAUCAGGACCCACACCUUCUGGUAUAGGGAACCUUGUAAAUUUGCAGCGUCUUGCGCUGGAGGAAAACAUGCUUACAGGGAAUAUUCCCAGCUCCAUCGGGAAACUCUCAAAGUUGCAGAUAGUCGAACUCAGUGAGAAUAAUCUCUCAGGAGGGAUUCCAUCCUCCCUUGGCAACAUGACUUCACUCUCUGAUCUCCACCUUGGAAACAAUUGGCUGGAGGGAACCAUACCAGCUUCUCUAAGGAACUGCACACAACUGAAUUCACUACGUUUAAAUGACAAUCUCCUAGUUGGUGUGGUUCCCCUAGAACUCUUUGGCCUUUCUUCAAUCUCAACUCUAACAUUGGCGGGUAACCAUUUAACUGGUCCAAUUCCAUCUCUGGUUGGUAAACUAGCGAAUCUCGAGACAUUAAAUGUAUCGGAGAACAACAUGUCUGGAGAAAUCCCACCCGCUAUGGGUGAUUGUCUGGUGCUGGAAUACCUCUAUUUGGGAGCCAACCAAUUCAGUGGAACCAUUCCACCAUCUAUGUCAAACCUACGAGGUCUGAAGUUACUCAAUCUUUCUCGAAACAAUUUUUCGGGGCAAUUCCCCCGGUUUCUAGCCGACCUCCCUUCCAUCGAGGCCAUUGAUCUUUCCUUCAAUAAGUUUGAGGGCGAAGUCCCAAACAAAGGAAUCUUUCGUAACCAUAGUGCGGUUUCAGUUGUAGGAAACAAUGACAUCUGUGGAGGACCUCCCUCCUUGCAGUUGCCAAUAUGUAAAGGGGGAGCAACAAAGAGAAAAACAUCAUCUCAAAGGACAGUUAUGGUGAUCACUGUCGUAGUCUCCAUUUUCUUCCUGUUAGUAGGAAUCAUUGCCAUAGUUCUUUAUCGUUCGAAAAGGUUGGAAAGCAGAACUGCCUUCACUUCUCCAAUUGAGGAUCAUCACCCCAAGCUAUCUUAUGUUGAACUUUCACGAGCGACAAAUGGGUUCUCUCCUACCAACAUGAUUGGUGAAGGAAGCUUUGGUGCAGUCUAUAAAGGCGUUCUACCUAGCAACGGACAGAUUGUGGCUGUGAAGGUACUCAAACUUAAGGAGCAUGGAGCGAGCAAGAGUUUCAUGGCGGAAUGUGAAGCAUUGGGGAACAUUCGGCAUCGGAACCUUGUCAAGAUCAUCACUUCUUGCUCGGGCAUUGAUUUCCAACGAGAAGACUUCAAGGCUCUAAUAUUUGAGUUCAUGCCCAACGGGAGCCUCGAGAAAUGGCUGCAUCCAGUCCCAAACGAGAUGGGAGGGAGUGACAAUAACAUGAGGUUAAGUGUGAUUCAGAGGUUGGGCAUAGCCAUUGAUGUGGCUACAGCAGUGGACUAUCUCCACCAUCAGUGCCACAGUGGCAUUAUUCACUCUGACCUGAAGCCGAGCAAUGUUCUUCUCGACAGUGAUUUUUCUGCACAUGUAAGUGAUUUUGGCCUAGCAAAGUUUCUAGCUGUCAAAGCAUCGGGAACACAGAGUAGUUCGAUUGGGAUCAGAGGUACAGUCGGCUAUGUUGCACCAGAGUAUGGUGUUGGUGGUGAGGUAUCGACACGAGGGGACAUCUACAGCUUUGGGAUUCUCUUGCUCGAACUGUUCACAGGCAAGAGACCAACUGAGCCCAUGUUCAGUGGUGAGUUUGGCCUCCGUGGAUUUGUGGAGAGAUCUCUUCCUGAUGGGCUGGAUCAGGUGCUGGACCCAUUGCUUUGCUUAGGAAGAGUGCAAGGCGAUCUCAAACGGAGCUUGCUCUCAGUCCUUAAAGUCGGGCUCAUGUGCUCAGCUGCGCAACCAAAUGAGAGGAUGGAUAUUGGAGAAGCGGCAGCAGAAUUGGAGAAGGCAUGGGAUGUUCUUCAAGUUCGUAGGAGGAGAAUCAGAGUGUGAGAGAUAGGCGCUUGUCAUAUUGAUCACAAUGCAACAUUUCAUCAGUUCUCAGAAGAUCUCUUUCACAUACUGCAGUUAAUGCUACUUAGAUUAAUAAAUGUGGUGCAUGCAGUUUUAGCAGAUCAAUUUUGAUUUUUGUUACAAAUUUUGUCAUGAAGUUGGGGUUAUUUAAAAAUUACCAUACAAGUUGCCUUGUCACAGAAAAGUAAGUGGCAAAGCAGUGACUGCUGGGAUCUUAACUUUGUAAGAGAGAGAGAUAUAUCUCUGGCAUGCUGAAUAUGUUUAAUCCUGUC